CUGGGCUGAAGCGAUCUUCCAAUCUCAGCCUCUUCAGUAGCUAGGAUUACGGGCUCCCUGGAAAGUGCGACAGAGGCGCUGUGGUUGGAAGUCCCGCGACCGAGGUCCCCUAGGCUUCAGUCCCCAGCCACAUGGGGCCCAGGCGCCUCCUCCUGACAGCCGUGCUGCUAGUGGCCCGGGCGGCGAGGCCGGAAGCCUCCGAGUACUGCGGCCGCCUUGAAUACUGGAACCCAGACAACAAGUGCUGCAGCAGCUGCCUGCAGCGCUUCGGGCCGCCCCCCUGCCCGGACUACGAGUUUGCGGAAAACUGCGGGUUCAGUGACUACGGCGAUCUCAUAACGCACCCGUUCCAAGAGUGUUCUCCUGGGCGGUGCAACCCCGACGGCGCAGAACUAUGUGGCCCCUGCGGCGGCGGAACCACGGCCUCCACUCCAGCCACUCCCGCCUUGAGCCGGGCUGGAAGCCGGUCGCGCUGCAGAGAGAGGCCGGUCCCUACCAAGGGGUACUGCCCGCUGACACCUGGAAAACCGAGCGGCCCUAGCUCCCCAGCGAGUUCCAGUUGCUCGCAGACAUCUGAGUGCGACGUCUCUCAGGAGGCCUUGCCGAGUUUUGUCCUGCCCUUGAUCCUGGUCCUGCUCCUGACCUGGGCAGUGAUAGUGAUCCUCCUGCUGGCUCUGCGGACGCACCUCUGCCAGCCCAAGGGUAAAGCUGUCUCCUUUCCCCCUCUUGGCUUGGUUUGUGGAGGCCCCAAUGCCCACACCCUCUCCUCCUUGUACUCUUCCCCAGGCGGCCUGGAGGUGUUGGAGACAGGGAAGGCAGGGAAGGAGGUCUCUCUGCUUCCACUCCUGAGCAAGGAGCUGCCCAGCCUGGCGUCACAGCCCCUGUCGCGCCUCCUUGAUGAGCUGGAAGUGCUGGAGGAACUGAUUAUACUGCUGGACCCUGAGCCUGGGCCAGGUGGGGGCACGUCCUGUGGCACUACUCGACACCUGGCCGCAAGAUACGGGAUGCCUGCUACCUGGUCUACCUUCACCUACUCACUGCGGCCAAGUCGCUCACCGCUGCGGGCUCUGAUUGAGAUGGUGGUGGCAAGGGAGCCUUCUGCCUCUCUCGGCCAGCUUGGUGCACACCUGGCCCAGCUAGGGCGGGCAGAUGCGCUGCAGGUGCUGGCCAAGCUUGGCUGAGCUGGGGUUUGCUAAGCCUAGUGCUCGAUAACAUUUCUU